UAUGCGCCUCGAAAAGUAGUGGUGGUGGUGGAGUUACAGUAGUAGCACAAGUUAGCUAACAAGCAGCUAAUAUGCAUGCUACCAAUUCCUUCUCCCGAUCAUAAAAGUUGACUUUAUAUAUGCGUUAUUGUGAAAUCGAUUAAGUCAUUCGAAAUCUGCAAAUGUCUGUAAUAGUUUCUGAUAGUCGCGGAUGGCUCGUGGACUCGCAGUCCUUUAUUAAUGAGAAUUACAGUGGUUGCCACGAUGGUUUAAUGCAGCAGAGUCCAAAGAACAUCUCUACUGAACUGUAUCGUUUUAAAAAAGAGUAUUUUGACAUUUUCACGCCACACAUAGUUUCCAAACCCAAGUCAGAAAAUGUGGAAACGAAAACAUCAGAGGAUAACCUGACCGUCCUUAUUGGUGGUGUUGAAGCACAGAAGAAGAAAGGAAGGAAACGCAAACGAGACCUGAAUCAGGGUGAGCUUGAUGCCCAGGUCUACCAUGAAAAGAUUAGACUGUUGGUUCAAGAAGGAGCUGGAUCCUUAGUCGAGGCAGGGAAAUCUCUUGGAUACCUAACAGGAGCAGUUCCUGAGGGGGCAACACAGACUAUACCUCAGGAUUGUCACCUGGCGGCCAUGUGUGAUAUGGCCAAGUCAUUGCCUGUGGAUGGUUCUGUAGCCCUUCAGUCGAUCUGCAGGGAUGAAGAACUGGACCUGUUUUCAAGAAUAACAGAGAAUUCAUUUGACCACAGUUGUGCGGUGACACUGAUGGGAGAGAGGUACCUGCUUCCUGCCCGUUGCCGUUUUCUUCUCUCUGAUAUUACACGCACACAGCCCCUCCUGAACUGUGGGGAGAAGUUUGACCUCAUUGUUCUGGAUCCACCCUGGGAGAAUAAGUCUGUAAAGAGGAGCAGCAGAUACAGCUUCCUCCCUUCCACUCAGCUCAAACAACUUCCUGUCAAUCUCAUAAGUUCACCAGAGUGUUUGGUGGUUACCUGGGUAACAAACCGCCCCAGACACCAGCGUUUUGUCAAAGAAGAGCUGUACCCUCACUGGGGAGUGAAACCUCUUGCAGAGUGGCUUUGGGUGAAGGUUACUCAGGCUGGUGACUUUGUAUUUCCUUUAGACUCUCCACAUAAGAAACCCUAUGAAGUGUUGGUGCUGGGAAGAUACCAUUGUGAUAAAAAUGUCACAACCAGUACCUUUAGCAAAAGUGAGACUCCUCUUCCAGAUCAGCGACUGAUUGUCAGUGUUCCUUCAACUCUGCAUUCCCAAAAGCCAUCUCUCUCAGCUGUGCUGAAGCCUUAUAUCAGCCCCAAUCCCAAAUGUCUGGAAAUGUUUGCACGCAGCCUCCACUCAGACUGGACCAGCUGGGGGAACGAAGUUCUCAAGUUUCAACAUAUCAGCUACUUCACUAAGGACACAACAGAUGAGUUACACUCCACGAAGCAGUGAGGUGUCCUCAGACUUUAGCACAAUUCAAUGAUAGCUAUUUAGAAUAUUCCAUAGAGGAAUGCAAUCUUUGUCAUUCCUCUCACCUUGGGAGGUCUGUGUGAAGAAUAUCAGUAAGUGAUUUGCAAUCACUGCUAGAGCUCCAUAUCAGCCAUGGAAUUAGGAUUUCCUUGUUUCAUGUCUGCCUCCCAUAAUUAGAGCCCAGGUUCAAUUGUGACCAUGUCACCUUUUUACACUUUGCAAAUUGUGAUGUAGCCGUCUUUCGUCUGUAUUUUAUAGAAUUUUGUACAAUAAAUGUAUUUUCUAAUUUAA